AUGUCCGCAUUGUGCCCUACCAUGUCGCGCACCAAGGUCAUGCUCCUCGCUCCCGUGUUCUUUGGAGCUGCUCACCUGCACCAUUUCGUCGAGUCUGUGCGGCGCCAGCGCUGGCGCGCAUGGUCAUCAGCGUUGGCGCAAACAGGAAUGGUGUGGGCUCCUUUGGCUGCGCAUAUCCUAUGCAACUUCAUGGGAUUUCCAAGGCUGAGUGCUCGCGGCUCGCUACUCGCACGCAUUACAGGCUUGGCUCUCCAUGUCGCGGGCAUUGGUGCCUUUAUCGCCGCUCGAUACCCACUGACAUCACUAAUCGCCUCGCCAUUAUACAGAUAA